AGAGGCGGGGCUUUGGGAGACGGGGGAGUCCCUCCCUGAGCUGUGCACCGAGGGGGAGGGAAGGAAGGAGGAGAGGUAGAGGAGUGGGAACUGGACGAGGCAGCAGCAGCCACAGCAGCUGCAGACACUCCUUCUCCAGCUGCGAACUGGGUAGCCCUGGUCCUGCUUCCCAUACCUCCCCUCAGCACCAGCACCAGCACCAGCUGCACCGGCAAGCGAGGCCCAGAUCUCCCGCCCGAGGAAAAAGAGAAGUUUCUGACUCUUCAGGGCAGUUAGAGACUGGAGCAAGCCGGGGUCUGUCGGCCCCCUCCCUCGUGGCUCUACUCUCCGCCCCCACGCCCGCGGGCUUCUUGGCUAGCCAAGCCGGGGCACCCAGGAGUAGGAGGAAGCCUGGAGGGAAGGAUAGUUUGGGGCCAGGGAGGAACAGCAAUCGAUGAAACCCAGCAAAGAAGAGGAGGCUGUGGCGGCACAAGCCGCCGUGGAGGAUGGCAGCGGUGGCGGCGCCGACCCCUGGAAGGAGUGUGCGGAGGUGGCGGUGCAGCUGGCGCUCCGGGCCGGACAGAUUAUCAAAAAAGCCCUUACUGAGGAAAAACGUGUGUCCACAAAAACAUCAGCUGCAGAUCUUGUGACAGAAACAGAUCAUCUUGUGGAAGAUUUAAUUAUUUCUGAACUAAGGAAGAAGUUCCCUUCCCAUAGGUUCAUUGCAGAAGAAUCUACUGCUGCUGGAGAAAAGUGUGUCCUCACAGACAGCCCCACCUGGAUCAUUGACCCUAUUGAUGGUACUUGCAACUUUGUACACAGAUUUCCAACAGUGGCAGUUAGCAUUGGAUUUGCUGUUAACAAAGAGCUUGAAUUUGGAGUGAUUUACCACUGCACUGAAGAACGAUUAUACACAGGCAGACGGGGUCAGGGAGCCUUUUGUAAUGAACAAAGGCUUCGAGUAUCCAAAGAGACAGAUCUCUCAAAGGCUUUGGUUUUAACAGAAAUUGGCCCAAAGCGUGAUCCUGAUACUCUGAAAUUGUUCUUCAGUAACAUGGAGAGGUUACUUCAUGCCAAAGCUCAUGGGGUGCGUGUGAUUGGAAGCUCUACAUUGGCUUUGUGCCACCUCGCCUCUGGUGCAGCAGAUGCGUAUUAUCAAUUUGGCUUGCAUUGCUGGGACUUAGCGGCAGCCACUGUCAUAAUUAGGGAAGCAGGUGGUAUUGUGAUAGACACUUCAGGGGGACCUCUUGAUCUCAUGUCAUGCAGAGUGGUUGCUGCUGGUACCAGAGAAAUGGCUAUGCUCAUAGCUCAGGCAAUACAGACUAUUAACUAUGGACGUGAUGACGAGAAGUGACCAAAGGAAGAAGGGAAGGAAGGAAGUGCUGCUGCUGUGGACAGUCACCAGCCUGCCUUUCUGGAAAUAUUGUACUUCAAGAUGGGUUUCUGGGAGGAUAGAAGACCUUUAACAGCUUGCUUUCAGUGUCCCAUGUUUAUUGUUCCUAACUCCCCUCAGGGUGGGACCUGGGGGGUGUUUCAACUUAAGUGUGUGCCCUCCCCCACUUUAAUCCACAUUUCUUUCACCAGGUUGGGUGUUUACUUUGUCUACUGGUUGGUUUCUUUCUAAAAUACAAUCACAGUUCAAAAGAAGGUCUGAAUGUUGGGGGAGGUGGGGAGUAGGGGGAGCUGACACCUAAUUCUCCUGUGACAUAUGCAACAAUAAUUAAAUUUCUAUUUUUUUUAAUAAUGCAGAUCUCAGGUAAUAAAGCAUAGAACUGCAGAUAAAUCAGUUACGUUUUGUGCCUACAGUUCUCUGUUACAUGGUACUUGAGAAGAUAAUAAAACAAAAUAAUGGGA